GGAGAGCCAAGUAUUUGGGAUAGUUACUACCACUCAGUUCUGACUGGGAUUUCCUUGACUCAAGUCAGGGCAUUGUGUUGAAAGCUUCAUGAUGAACAUGCUCUUUGGAAAUUGUGUGGGCAGCUGUGACCAGCUGGCCGGUCCACCGCCGGAUUUUAUACUAUCGAUGCCGCCGCCGCCGCUGCCGUCCUUCCUAAUCUCGAAGCCGGCGACGGUGGACAUCCUGGUGCCCUCCAAUGAGUCGCAGCCGUGCUUUGCCGCCUUCAUGUGUGGCCAUGGGAUGCAGCACAACGAGAGUGGGAACGCGCUGAUGGAGCUGGUGCGGAGCGAUUCCAAGAGUCUGGAGAGCGUCUGGCUGUUCGUCUCGUCCUGCAUCGGGAUCUUUGUGUUCGGCUGCUUCCUGGCCCUCAUCGUGAUGCGGUGCAGAGACAGCUCCUUCUUCUCGUACCACGACGCCAAUAUCAAGCAGACGGCGAUUAAUGCCCUGGGCGAGGCCACCAAAUCCAAUGCCUUCACAUCCGGCGGAAUUCUGUAUCCCUGCGCCACGGCCAACAGUAGGGAUCUGCUCCAGAGCCAGCUGGUCAACGAUAGCCGUCUCCUGUGGGCCACCCUAACGCCUCAUGGCACCCGGCACUUCAUCAUCGAGAACUCGCAGGAUGGGCACUACGAAUCGGUGGACUAUCGCGGCAAGUCGCACAGCCAGGUGUUCCGUGGCUACGAGAAGCACUCGCAGUCGUUUGUCAAGUCCUUCGACAACAAUGGCUUCGUUGACUACGACUACGAGGAUCCCACGCCAUUGAUGGACUCCUACCAUGAUGACAUGGACUCGGGCUACCAGGAGCCGCACGAGGUGACUGGCUCCCUGAAGAGUUCGGCGAUGCGAGCUGUGGAGUCACUGAACGACACCCCGACCAGCGGCGGUUCGAGCUCCAACUACCACGCCAGCGCCAAUCAGAUCGGCAAUACCAAGUCCGUCAGCCGCAAGACGACGCUGUCACGUCGCAUCAGCGAUGCCUCCUCCCAGAACGGAACCUCCAUGUAAAUGCGCUGUCACUUGGAAUGGAGGCCAUUGGGAUUGGGAUUGGGAUUCUCGGAGAUAGAGAUGAGAGAUCCGGUCAUGUCGUCCACAAGACAAACUGCAGAACGCAGUGAAUACACGCUGAUAUUUUAGACUAUUUUAAAAGAGUGAGGCACAAGUGCGGGCUGUUCUCGCGGGUUAGAGGAGCAGUGCGUCCAGGAUUACAUCCGCUGGAAUCGUAGCCCGUUUUACCACUGAGAAUCACGCACAUGCGAUCAUCUUUUAAGCCCACUAUGGAUUGUAUCCGCUGGUGUACCAUGUAUAAUACUCGUGCACGAAAUACUCGCUUGUAAAACACACCUACACACACGUCUUUUAUAAAUAAUACCCGCAACUAUAAAACUAUAUCAGAUAAUCCAACUAACGCUGAUCGGAAAGGCCAACUAUUGUAUCUGCAUAUAGCUAUUACCAAUCAAACACUUGGAGUCCUUCGCGCCCGGAUCGGGGUCAGGAAUAAAUAAGCAUACAUAGAUUUUGAAAAUACUCUGAAACACGUCUCGCCUUCAGCGCUCGUUUAAUUGUUAGCCAUAAGAACAAUAAAUAAUAAUAAAAUU